AUGACCGUUCAGGCGAGGCGCCAUUCCGCUGCAUACAAGGCCCCAUCGCCCUAUAAUACUCGCGAUGCGGACAUCGAAAAACAACCCAGUGCAGGCCGUCACACCUACCGCCACCACCCUAGCGAUGAUUCCGACGACGAUUCGCUGGACGAACCCAACGUCGCGGCCUCAUACCCCCCACCUGUCGUAGCAGGUGGUAGUCUUCGUCGCCCCGGAGGUGUCGUGGGCUUCCGCGUCCCUCAGCGGAUUAUGCGAUGGCUCUGUUUCGCGCUCUUCGCCGCCCUGGUCGUGUUCAUCCUGACCCUCUUCCGAUUCACCCUCUCCGCCUCGGUUUCGCAAGUCACCGUCGAGUUGCCCAAAGUCGUCGCCGCCAAACCACCACAAUGGGAGAGCUUUCCGUUCCUCAGUCGCUACGAGGGCGGUAUCUCCGCCCUGGUCGCGCGGUCGAGCAAUGUCCCUGAAUAUCCCGGUGAUGGUUCCGAGGAAUUCACUGUGCGGCCAGAAACCGAUGAGGAAAAGCAGGAGGCCCAGAAGCAGGAACCCAAGGCCAAGAGGGACAAGGACCUGCACCCGAACAUGGCUAGUAGUGUCUUCAACCCUUAUCCCGACUACAAGUCGCCGGAUUAUAUCAAGAAAUACGGCGAAAAGCGCGAAUGCUUCCUCAACCCGGAGAACACCCUGCGCGUCCCGUCUGUGCAAAGCUACCCAGGUGUUCCUAAUGGCUUCCCGGAGCCGGCAUUGGGCUCGAACACGAUCUUGGGCAUUCGAGACGAUAUGUGUUUCGACCGAUUCGGUCGAUUGGGCCCCUAUGGUUUCGGCUACGGGGCAAAGAAAGGUGGCUCUGGCGCCGGACUGGAUGGCCAUCGCGACGGCGCUGAUAGCGUUUGGGAGGAUGUGCCACCAGUGGAUUUCCGGACGGUGGAUUGGGCUGGCGCACAGAACCGCUGCCACGCUGCUAAUCGCCACCGUUUCAAUGAGUUGCCUGAGCCUCGUCUCAACAACUUCGUUUCCAUGCCUAUGGGAAUUCCCAAGGUGAACAUUCCGCCGCCGGCGGAGGAUUCUCGUCAGGAGCCACCUCAAAUUGGCUCCGAGCGCGUGUCCCGUACUGCUGUGGUCAUUCGCACCUGGCAUGACUUCAACUACACCCCAGAGGACAUCAUGUAUAUGCGCUCUGUCAUCUCUGAGCUCUCAUUGAUGUCUGGUGGAGAGUACACUAUUCACUUCCUGGUCCACGUAAAGGACACCAAUUUGCAGAUCUGGUCCGAUGAUGAGACCUACCAGCGGGUCCUCCGGGAUUCUCUCCCCGAGGAAUUCCGUGGAAUGGGAACCCUGUGGUCAGAGCCCCAGAUGGCUCUCAUGUACCCCGGACUGGAGGAGACAUGGAUGCGCGAUCUGCCGAUUCAUGGCGUUUACCGCAGCACAUACAUGCCCAUGCAGUACUUUGCAUUCCAACACCCUGAGUACGACUACUUCUGGAACUGGGAAAUGGACGCCCGUUACACAGGCCACUGGUACCACCUCUUCGACAAGGUCGGCGAGUGGGCCAAGAAGCAGCCACGAAAGGGUCUCUGGGAGCGUAAUGCUCGUUUCUACGUCCCCUCCGUGCACGGGUCAUGGGAAGACUUCCGACAGAUGGUCCGCGUGCAGACGGAGAGCGGCACCAACUCCGCCAACAACAUGUGGAGCGCUGUUAAGGGUGGAGACCCUAAUGUGCGGGGCUCAAUGCACCAACAAGGCGACAGAUCCAUCUGGGGCCCUGAACGCCCUGACGAACGAGACAUCUUCGAAGUCGAGGGCGAGGGAAUCCCACCCACUAGCAUGGACAAGGACCAGUACCAAUGGGGUGUUGGUGAAGAAGCGGACUUGGUUGUUUUCAACCCGCUCUACGACCCGGAGGGCACCACCUGGCUUCUCCGUGACGAUGUCACGGGCUAUAACAGGGAGAAGGGCAUGCCCCCUCGCCGCACGGCCAUCAUUACCGCAUCCCGUAUCUCCAAGAAGCUGCUCACGACCAUGCACCGUGAGUGCGCGCUCAAGCGUCACAGCAUGUUCUCGGAGAUGUGGCCCGCCACCACGGCGCUGCACCACGGGUUCAAGGCCGUCUUUGUUCCACACGCAGUAUAUGUCGACCGCCGCUGGCCCAGCCGAUACCUGGAAUCAGUCUUCAAUGCCGGCCGCAAUGGUGCCUCCGGUGGUGCACGCACCUCCAUCUUCGGUGACCGCGAACAUAACUUCCGCGGCACCACCUGGUUCUACUCUGCCGGCUUCUCGCCCAACCUCUGGCGUCGCUGGCUUGGACUUCGCGUCGACAAUGACGGAGGCGAGCAGCGCGAGCUUGCCGGCGAGGGUCGCAUGUGUCUUCCUCCUAUGCUUCUUCAUCCAGUCAAAGAAGUCAACAUGAUCAUCGACGACGGAGAGCACGCGGAAGACCGCUGA